AUGAGGCUGGCUCUUCUUUCACCUCAACAAGUGGUUUCGCAGCUUGCAAAAGAGCCCGCGACGUCUCCGUUCAUGCUGAAGGUGGCUAUCAUCGCUGCGAUAGAUCCUCGGUAUCGUCGUGCAGGAGUUGCGAAAGUGUUCAUCCAGAAAGUUUCAUCUGGACAGUCGACUGGAGAUAUUCCACACUGGCAGUAUCCAAUGUUAGGAAUAAUCAACGUCCUUGCUUCAAUCUGCACCGAUCAGAGCCGUCAGCGAGACGUCGCCAUCCUUCGAGAAGUCUAUUCGGCAUAUCAACAAAUCUUCGACGUCAUUGUCAAGGAUUUUCAUCUCUUGACUCCGUUAAACAAGCUUGGCGACAAUAGGAGAGGCGUCGUUGCCGCGGCCCUUUCAUUGUUCAGAGAGGAUCCAGAGACAAAGAGGAAGCUGUACGAGCUGGGAAUGUUGCGGCUGAUCGUUCAUUCUGGAACUGGCCCCCUCCCUCCACCAGACUAUCUCGAGAGGAUAUUCCAAGCGGUGAAUAUGCCCCGUUUCGUUUCGCGAUUCAACUUCCUAUUCAAGCAAAAGCAUAUCCCCGGUGACGCCCUCUGGCAAGACCUGUCGCUAGCCAUGCACCUCACAAGGGGAUCAUGGCUUCCCUUUGGCCCUCACUUUACUCAGGCCGGCGUGCCAAAACAAGUCUUAUUGGCGAUUUUACGCUCUCUGAAAGGGCCCUCAGAGCAUUUGUGCAUUCUCUUUAGCCUUGGAGAGGUAUUCACCCAGGAGCUAAUCCUGAACUCACCGUACCCAAUGGGCACACUUGCCGACAUGAUAAACAACACGCGACUCAUCGAGGUUGCCGCGGAAGGCUUCAAGAUGGCGAACCAAGCUCCACCUCACACGCAGAGGAUCGACGACGCUGGAACCUUCUACCAGUUCUUCCAGAACAUCGGGCAUGCGCUUGGCUGCGCUGACACUACCGGCUGCAAAUUGCAUUGCACGCCGGCGUUCCGGGAUGCGAUGCGGGCCAACGUCGAGCGGAUAGGGAUCACGACGUCCAUCUCACUCCAGGAGGAGCUCGGCGCGGAUGGAAAGUACCUGGAACUCUGGACAGGGUUGACUCGGCUCUUGGGAAUUACGGACAAGUCGAUCCGCGAGCGGAGUGCGGAGCAGGACGAAGAAGGCGUGUCAGAGAUGUGGUUUGGUAUUUUACUGCAAUCGUCAGUGCCAGAAGAACUAACUGAACCAUCCUACUAUAGCGAUUGGAAGAACCAUAAGCACGAGUGUAAAGCCCUUCUCGAAGACGCCUGA